AUGGCAUUUGCAUCUCCUAGAAACAUGGAGGGCCCCAAGCUACAGACCAAGAUGAGCACAUGGACUCCACUGAACUCUCAACUUAUGAAUAACAAGGUAUUUGAAGAAAGAAGAGCCUUGCUUGGAAAAUGGUUUGACAAGUGGACAGAUGGUCAGAGGCGGAGGAUCCUGGUGGACCUGUUGGAACGCUGCUCCCUAUCACAGCAGAAGUUCUGUGCCAAGCAGCUACAGAAUCGAGUCCCCACUGAGGCUCUAGAUUUUACCACAAGGCUUCCUAGAGUCCUGUCUUUAUACAUCUUUUCCUUCCUGGACCCACGGAGCCUUUGUCGAUGUGCACAGGUGAGCUGGUACUGGAAGUACCUGUCUGAACUGGAUCAGCUCUGGAUGAAGAAAUGCCUGCGUUUUGGCUGGCACAUCAACUUCUCCCCAACCCCAUUUGAGCAAGGAAUCUGGAAGAAACAUUACAUUGAGAUGGUGAAAGAGCUGCAUGUCACGAGACCAAAGACUCCUUCAAAGGAUGAGUUUGUAGUUACUGAUGUGCAGCCCAUAAGAAGCAACAUCUCAGAGGCAAAACCUUUUGUGCCAGGAAAGAGGACAAAAAAAGAGAAAAAAUUGCUCCCACCAUGGCGUUCAUCAGACAGGCAUCCUACAGACACCAUCCGAUUCAACUACCUCAACAACUACGAUCCCAUCGAGCAGGCCAGGCAGGCGAGAAAGAAAGGAGGAGGAAAGACCCCAGACCUUAGCCGGCAGGCAGCUGAGAGAAAAAUGAGGCCAGGUCGUGGAUCUAAUAAGCUCCAGAAGACAAAAUCACUGCUAUCACUUCCUGCAGAUCUUGAGACUGUUCCAAGACCACCAGUUUAUCACUGCCAGGCUGCCCCCCAGACAGCCAGGAACCUGUCCUCCAAAGCAGCAGCAAAGACCCUGGCCCAGAGUUCCCAGUGGAAUGCUGCGGUACAACAAGCACCUCUUGAAGCUCCAGUGCCAAAGCCACGGCAAGGAGGAAAGACAGACCUUACAAGAAUUAACACCACAUCUCCAUGCCAGGAUGAUGCCCUGUGCAAUACAGUGAAGCUAUUAUAGAGAUUGACAGUAUCUAAAUUUAAUGCACAAAGGGAAGGAAAUGGUGCUGGCAGUAUGUUUCUGUAGGCAGAGGCCAUCAUUCUAGAUGGUGGGGAUCCAGAUGACAAUGAUCUGCUGCAUCAAAGACAACAUAUGGCCAAACACGUCACAUCUAGCACUUGCUAGAUUCACCUGUCUGUCAGGACUGUCAUCUUCGUACUGGCAUGGGUUUAACUCACUAACACUCAAUGGCAGAGCAAGAGAUCUUAGAUCAGAAGUGACAGUGGGCUCAGUCCAAAGUCCAGGGACUCUGCCAAGGCCUGGACAGAUGCCAGGAGCUGGUGUAGUUGGGUUGG